UUAUUUCUUCUGCGAAGUAGGCGUUUUAGGGUUCUGGAGGACUCAGAAGUUCUGCUUUGCAUUCGAAGGUCAUGGCGGUCGCCGUACCACAACCGGAGGUGAAGCUUUUCAAUCGAUGGUCGUUUGAAGAGGUUCAGGUUUGUGAUAUUUCUUUGGUGGAUUACAUUGCUGUCAACUCAACCAAGCAUGCCACUUAUGUACCACACACAGCAGGAAGGUACUCAGUCAAAAGAUUCAGGAAGGCCCAGUGCCCCAUUGUGGAGAGGCUGACCAAUUCUCUGAUGAUGCAUGGACGAAACAACGGGAAGAAACUAAUGGCUGUCCGAAUUAUCAAGCAUGCUAUGGAAAUCAUCCAUCUCCUUACAGAUUUAAACCCUAUCCAAGUAAUUGUUGAUGCAGUUAUCAACAGUGGGCCAAGAGAAGAUGCUACUCGAAUUGGUUCAGCUGGUGUGGUGCGGCGUCAGGCUGUUGAUAUCUCUCCUCUGAGGCGUGUUAACCAAGCAAUAUAUCUUCUUACAACGGGUGCUCGUGAGAGUGCUUUUAGGAAUAUCAAGACCAUUGCAGAAUGCUUGGCAGAUGAGCUAAUCAAUGCGGCCAAGGGAUCAUCCAACAGUUAUGCAAUCAAGAAGAAGGACGAGAUUGAGCGAGUUGCCAAGGCCAACCGUUGAGAGGCAUUUUCUUUUUUUUUUUUCUGCAUCCUUUUUUAGUGACACUAUUAUACAUGGAUUGCUCCCAGUUCUGUGGUAGUAAGUUUUGUUGC